CGCUGGGGGGUGCAGAGCCCUGGGGCGGGGCACGGGGCGGGGGGACACCGGGGGGGACGUUUCUGGGCAAAUCGGUGAGGGGACGGGAGUGAUUGCGGGGGGAGCCCCGCCCGUUUCCUCGGGGUCUGCCGUCACCUCCGGGUGGGCGAGGGGCCGUGUGCCCCCCCGGCACCCUGGGGGGGUCGCCCUGGGUGUCGGGGCGAUGUCCUCCUGCCCCGGGUCCCCACAGGAGCUCCCGCGCCGCGGGGGGACAGCGACGGCCGCGACCGAGAUGCCCCAGGAGCCGUGGGGCAACGCCGAGGAGCCCCGGGAGACGCUGUCGGCCGCGGCCGAGCCGCCCGCCGAGGGUGGGAAGGGUCCCUGCGGGGUCGAGCGGCCGCCCGGCCCUGGGAAGCGGGGGGCUUGCCCCAGCGAGGUGCCCCCCAUCGUGGUGCCGGCGCUGGCCGCCUCCCUGCAGACCCCGGCCGAGCGGCCCAGCCCGGUGGUGCCCCGGGGGAGCUGCCUGACCGGCAACUGGCAGGAGGAGGGCAGCGCCGGGCCGUGCUGGAGGCCACGCUCUACCAGAAACUCAGGCGAGCCCGCGCCCCUGCGUGUCACCCACCCCCGGGGAGGUGCCCUGGAGGGGGGGCGCCCUGCCGGGCUGGAUGGGGGGGAUCCCCGCGCUGAGGGGUGCGGGCCCUGCUCUGCCCGCAGGUCGGAGCUGCUGGAGGGGCUCUGCCCCCCGCAGACGCCCACGGGGUCGGUCUCCGCCAGGCAACGGGACGGCCCCGCUGGGGGCUGCCGGCUCUCGCCAGCGCCCCCCACCCAGCCCCACAACUACUGCACGGAGCAGCCCCGCAGCUUCUGGCUGGGGCAAGCCCGCAGCCUGCCCGGCGUCACCGGCAUCCGCAGCGGGGACAGUCCCUUUCGGAGGAACGGAGCCUUCUCCACUCCCAUCGCCGAGUCCCUGGAGCAGCCCCUGCCCCGCGUCCCCCUCAGCAGCCGGCUCCGGCCCCAGAAGCAAUAA